AUGAGCGCAAACAACCUACCUGGAUCUAGCAAUAACAACAAAGCCGUUAAAAAAGAAAAAAAUCAAAACAUCCAAGUCGUCGUCAGAUGUCGACCAUUAAAUUCAAGCGAAAAAAAGUCAGGAUCAGUAAAUGUGGUUGAAGUGUUUCCGGAAAAAAGAGAAAUUACAGUGAGGGAAAGGGCCAUGCCGAAUGCACCCACGAAAAGUUUCACAUUUGAUAGAGUGUUCAGUGCGAAUUCAAAGCAAAUUGAACUUUACAGAUCGGUUGUGGUUCCAAUACUCGAAGAGGUGCUCAUGGGAUACAACUGCACCAUAUUUGCUUAUGGUCAGACGGGGACAGGGAAGACAUUCACGAUGGAAGGUGAAAGGUCAGAGGACACGUCAGUUUCAUGGGAGGAAGAUCCACUGGCCGGGGUAAUCCCGAGAGUUAUGAAUCAACUCUUUUCCAGGCUUCAGAUGCAGGGUCUGGAGUUUACAGUGCGGGUAUCAUUUCUUGAGAUCUACAAUGAAGAGUUGAUUGACCUGCUUGGCUCAGAAUCGGUUGAUGGGCCUCGACUGAAAAUCUACGAAGACACGACUAAGAAAAUGGGUGGUUGCAUAAUACAAGGCCUGGAGGAGGUCGUCGUCAUGAACAAGGAUGAAGUCUAUCAGAUUCUUCAGCAGGGAGCUGCUAAGAGACAAACCGCUGCCACUUUGAUGAAUGCCCAUUCAAGUCGAUCACACACCUUGUUCAUGGUGACAAUUCACACGAAGGAGAGCACUGUGGAAGGGGAGGAACUUGUCAAAAUUGGAAAGUUCAACUUGGUUGAUCUUGCGGGCAGUGAAUGCAUCGGUCGUUCAGGUGCACAAGAUAAGAGGGCCAGAGAGGCGGGUUCCAUCAACCAAUCACUGCUCACUCUGGGUAGGGUCAUCACUGCAUUGGUCGAACACAAACCUCAUGUGCCUUACAGAGAAAGCAAGCUGACGAGAUUGCUGCAAGAUUCACUUGGUGGACGAACCAAAACUUCAAUUAUCGCAACUAUAUCUCCAGCUUCUAGUAACGUUGAUGAGACACUGAGCACGUUGGAUUACGCAUUCAGAGCUAAGAACAUUACCAACAAGCCUGAAAUCAACCAGAAAUUAAGCAAAAAAGUUCUCAUUAAGGUUAAAAAUUACGUUUAA